AUGUCUGUCAGCAGGAAGGACUGGUCAGCGCUGUCCAGCCUAGCUCGGCAGCGGACUCUGGAGGAUGAAGAGGAGCAGGAACGAGAGCGCAGGAGGCGGCACCGCAACCUGAGCUCUACUACGGAGGAUGAGUCUCCCAGGCCCACGCAGAAUGGAGACCGGCCUGCUGCUGAGAGACUGCCGAGUGUGGAGGAAGGAGAGGUGCCCAAGCCACUUUCCCCAGCCUUUAAAGAUGAGGAUGAGGACGUGCAGGCCAUCCUCAGGACGCGGCAGGAGAGGAGGCAGAGGCGGCAGGUGCUGGAGGCUGCACAGGCCCCCAUCCGGGAGAGGCUGGAGGCUGAGGAGGGAAAGGACAGUUCAGGCCCUGGGAAAGCCACACCGCAGCCCCUAGCACCCAAGAAGGAACUGGAGCCCCCACCUCGCCGGAAACUGAGCCGAGAGCAGCGGGGGCCCUGGGUCUUGGAGGAGGAGAGCUCAGUGAAGAAAGGGGUUCCAGAGAAGACCCCAGUUGUGGAGAAAUCCUUCAUGCCAGAGAAGGCAGCACCCAAAAAGAGACUGGUCUCAGAGAAAGCCUCUGUCUCAGAGGAGGUGAAUACUCUGGCCACUGAGAAAACGUCCAUGUCAGAGAAGAUAGCAGUGACAGAGAAAAGGUCCAUCUCAGAGAAGAAGUCAGCUGUAGAAAAAACAAGUGUCUCUGAGAAAGUGUCAGCCCCAGGGAAGACAUCGGGCUCAGAAAGGAGACUGGUGUCUGAGAAAGCAUCAAUCUUUGAGAAGUCACUGGUCUCAGAGAAGAGUCCAGCCUCAGACACUAAGCUGGUCCCAAAGAGAGCAGCAGCCUCAGAGCAGUCCCAGGCCCAGGAGCAGCCAGCCUCUGGGGGAAGCCCGGCCGUUACCAAGGAGCAGAGAGGAAGGGCCCUCUCUGGGAAGAACCCACCUUCCUCUGCAGAGCAGGGAGCGACGACGCCUCCGACUGCAGCUUCCCGUUUCCCCCCAGUCACACUCAAGGUGAAAAUCCCCAGCAAGGAAGAAGAGGCAGACUCAUCUUCACCCACCCAGCGCACCUAUAGCAGCUCCCUCAAACGCUCCAGUCCCAGGACCAUCUCCUUUCGGAUGAGCCCCAGGAAAGACAACUCAGAAACAGCCUUAACUCGCAGUGCCAGUGUGAGGCUCCCAACCAGCACGGAGAAGCUGGGAGAGAAGCUGGAGAGAUACCACACAGCCAUACAGAGAUCAGAAUCAGUCAAGUCUCCAGGCUCCUCUCGUGCCGAGUUCUUUGUGGCUCCUGUGGGUGUGGCCAGCAAGCGCCACCUCUUUGAGAAGGAGCUGGCAGGCCAGAGCCGAGCAGAACCAGCCUCUAGCCGGAAGGAGAACCUGAGGCUCUCAGGAGUUGUGACAUCCAGGCUCAACUUGUGGAUCAGCAGGACCCAGGAGUCUGGAGAUCAGGACCCUCAGGAGGCACGGAGAGAGUCGGCAGCCACCAACAGGACUCAGUGGGGAAGGAAACCAGACUCCUCUCUGGAUGCCGAGGUGUGACAAGUCCUGCUGAGAGACCUGCAAAUCUGCAUCUCAGGGCCUACCUUUCUUCCUGCCGGCCCCUGCCUCAGGCAGCACCACCACCCUGCCUGUCAUUGCCCCUGCUCACUUCCUUCCUCUUGACC